AUGACUGGAUACUACUGGCUGGAUGGGCAGGAGCACUCACUGUGCCCUGCACGUCAUACCUACCUGGCAACGCCUCUCAGGACCUCUGAAGUCACGGUCAUCAUCAGUGACAUAGGCCGUGUUGCCAACACACUGCAAGGAUGGGUUGAGGUGAACAACCUCACUCAUUGGCUCACAAUCACCGACUGGCUGGUUGAGCGACACCUCCACCUCGCCACCCUUCACAAGCGCUAUGCUUGCGAAGAUGACCUUACCACCAUCAAGCGUGCUCACCGCCGCCUCGAUGCCCUUGCAGAAUGCUGGGGAGCCGACGUCGCCCAUGCAAUGUUCGACGUGGCACGGACGCAUCACCACGUGACACGUGACCGCAUCAAAUGCGACACCUCUACUCCUACCGCGCUCCCCACUUCCCCCUCUCUCGCGUCCGAUAUCCUUGCCAGGCCCGAGCUCCCGCACCACCUCAAGACCAUCGUGCCGAGUCAGGACCGAAAAAACUGGCCCCAAAAACUGGUAGGGGAGAGUGCGGGGGUAAAGGAGGCCGAGGAGAGGAGAAGGGAGGAGAGGAGGCCGGAGAAGAGGGUGAAGGAAUGGCCGCAGCACUACCAGGAGCAGGAGCUGAGGAAGCAGAAUGCGCGAGGUACGCCCGCCCUGCCAUCUCCCACAGCGUCGCUGCCAUGCACCCACAUCACCGGGUGCCCAACGAUGCCGAUGGUGCCAAUGCUCUCACGUGCAACACCACCGCAUCGCAGCAUACACACGCGCAUGACAGUGGUGACACAGGAUGCGGACGAUGUGCCUGCCACGUCACCAGCGCCAGGGGCGCGCGACCGCGACAGUGCAGCGCCAACGCGCACGAGCACAGCGACGCAGCGCGGCUGCAUGACCGCGCCCACAGUGGCCUCAGCGCAGGAUGCAGACAAUGUGCUGGCCACGUCACCAGCACGAAGGGUGCAAGCCCGCGACAGCCCGACGCCAAUGUGCCUCGCUGUCCGGGCCACCAACCGCCCAACAGCGCAGGUGGCACCGAGCACACCGACGCACUGCGGCUGCGCAACGAAGCCCGCAGCGGCCGCGGUGCAGGAUGCGGACGUCGCACCCGGCACACCGCCAGCACCGAGGGUGCACCACGCGGGCGCCGACACACGAAUGCACCCAGCGCCGCCAACGCCUACAGCGUCGCCGACGCACUGCACCGUGCUGACAACGCCAGGGGUGCAUACCCAGGAUGAUGUGCCCGCCACGCCGCCAACACCGAGGGCGCGCCAUGCCAGCGCCACGACCCGGGAGCGCACCGCAUCACCGAUGCACCCCAUUACCGCAUCGCCGAUGCACUGCACCACAUCACCGGCGUGA